AUGCGCAACCUCCUCUUCCCUCCCUGCCCCUCCCUUCCUCCCCCCCUGCCCUUUGCUCUCCCCUCGUUACGCUCCCUUCUCCCCAUCCCUGCUGCCCUCUUACCACCAUCAGCCCAUCCCCACCACCAGCCCCCCUCCCACUCUUCUCUCCCCCCCUCCCUUUUCCUCUCUCUCCUUCUCUCUCUUUCUCACACACACACACGCACACUCCCCUCCCCCACCCCCCACCCACAUCCUCCCAUUCUGCCCCUCCCUGCCCCUUUCCCACCCCCUCGCACACCCCUCACCUCCCACCUCCCACCUCCGUGCAACUGGUUUCCCCCCUAUGGUGCCUCCCUUGCAUCGCUCGCCCCUCUGCUCACCGUCUACCCGCCCCUUUUCCGUGCCCUCAGCUGGCCCAGCCCCUGCCGGUUGCUGCCCCUCCCCUUGCCCCCUCAACUCCCCUGCCCCCCGUACACCCCAGUCCCAUCCAACCGCCCCCACCCUCCCCCGGCUGCCCGUUUCCACUCUGUAGUGGCUGUGCUUGAAACGCUGUGCCCGUGCGGUCGUGCGGGUUGCUGCCGUGUUUGGUCCUUUGGUGCUCCCUCCUCCUUAGUCUCUCUCCCUCUCUCCUCUUCUCUUCCCACCUCCCUCUUUCUUCACACCCCCUGCCCCCUCAUGCCAUCCGCUCCCCCCGCCCCUACCCUCCGCGUGCCCGCUCCCUUGCCGCCUCUUUUGACCCUCCCUGCCCCCCUCGCCGUUUCCCACCGCCCGCCAUUCGCUCCUCCCCGCCCGUGCGCUCCCCUCGUUUACCUUCUCCUCCCCCCUCCCCUCCUCUGCUGCACGCCUCUUCCUUCCCCUCGCCGACCCACUCCACUCCCUGCCCCUCCUCAAUCCGCACCCUGCCCCUCGUAUCUCGCCCCCCUAUGCUUGGUUUCUCCCCUCCCUGCCCCUCGCCGCCUUUCUCCGCUCCCCACCUCCCCCCUCUCCCUGCCCCCCCACUCUCCCCCCCUUGCCCUUGGCUUCCUACCUCCCUGCCCCACCUUUCCCCCCUCCGUGUGCUCAGCUUCUCCCCUCCCUGCCCCUCCCUCCUCCUCGCCCUGCCCCUCGUUUUCCGCCCCCCCACGCCCGGUUUCUCCCCUCCCCGCGCCUCCCUUUCUUUCUCCGUGCCUCUCCUUUGCUCCCUCCCUGCCCCCGCCUGCCCAUGCCCCUGUCUUUGGCUUCUCCCCUCCCUGCCCCACCCUCUUCCCUCCCUGCCCCUCCCUUCCUCCCCCCCUGCCCUUUGCUCUCCCCUCGUUACGCUCCCUUCUCCCCAUCCCUGCUGCCCUCUUACCACCAUCAGCCCAUCCCCACCACCAGCCCCCCUCCCACCCUUCUCUCCCCCCCUCCCUUUCCCUCUCUCUCUUUCUCACACACACACACGCACACUCCCCUCCCCCACCCCCCACCCACAUCCUCCCAUUCUGCCCCUCCCUGCCCCUUUCCCACCCCCUCGCACGCCCCUCACCUCCCACCUCUGUGCAACUGGUUUCCCCCCUAUGGUGCCUCCCUUGCAUCGCUCGCCCCUCUGCUCACCCUCUGCCCGCCCCUUUUCCGUGCCCCCAGCUGGCCCAGCCCCUGCCCGUUGCUGCCCCUCCCCUUGCCCCCUCAACUCCCCUGCCCCCUGUACACCCCAGUCCCAUCCAACCGCCCCCACCCUCCCCCGGCUGCCCGUUUCCGCUCUCCACCCCCGCGACCGUGUGCGGCUUCCAACCGCCCAACGGUGGUGCGCACGGGGCGUUUCUUCGCAUGGGCAAGCCUCCCCGGGGCCCCCCCUCCCCGCUGGGUCAUUCCCCCCGUCUCCCUGCCCUUAGUACCGCCGCGCUCUGCCCGUGCGUCACCCUCGCCCACUUCAUACCACCUCCCCCUUCUCCCCCCCCCCCGGCUUCUCCCUAUCAUCACCCGCAUGUUCCCCCACUCCCCUGUCCACAACGUCCCUCCUCCACCCCCCCUCCUGCCUUCCCCACUCCCACUCUGCCCCCCACACCUCUACGAGCCGUACCUCCCCCUCCAGCCUCCCUUUUCCCCCCCAGCUACUUCCGCAUCCAGCCCACCCACCCCAGCCUCCCUCUACCUCUCCCUAACUCCACACCGCCGUUCCUACCCCCAGCCAAGGUCUACACCCCUUGCUUUUGCUCCCAGUGCUGUGCUGUCCCCAACCUCCCUCCGCCUUUCCGCGGCACCAGACCGCCUCUCCCUCCCCCAGCCAACCUUUGCACCCCCUGUUCCUGCCCCUUGUGCCCUCCAACACCCUACCUCAACCCCCCCCAGUCUCCCCCUUCUCCAACACCCUCCAUAUUUCCUCCCCCCUGGGGCUCGCCCAUCCGCAGUUAUCACCCUUCAUCGAUUCCCCAAUUCCCUCUGUCCCCUGUUUCCCGGCCCCGCAUCCUAUUCUGCAUUUACCACGGCGCCUCCUUUCGGUGCCCUCUCGGCCCUCCCACGUUCUCACCCCCCGCCUCCCAACCUUCUCAUUACCCGCUACCAGGCUCACGCCAACUCGACUACCCACUACCCUUUGCCCCUUCCUCUCUGUUCCCCACCCUUCCUUCCCCACUUGGCUCCACCUGCCCACCCCCACCUCCCGUGGAAUUCUGCCCUGCCCUCCCCACCUCCGGCCCACCACCUGUCCCCACACCCUGCUCACCCACCGCUACAUCACCCCCGCCCCCCCACCUCCACUACAGCCCGCCAACACUUCCCCCCUCAACCGGCCCCCAGCCCGCCCCCCCCCUUGGGCCCCAAUCCCCUCCAACUCACAUAGAAGCGGGAGAGGGCAGAGCCAGGGGGGAACUUGCAGCUGACACUGCACGGGAAGGGGUAAGUGAAUUUGUGUGUGAAGGAGCAGCAGAGGCUGCAGAGGAUGGGGCAGCAAAGGCUGCAUGGGAAGGGGCAAUGGGGGUUGUGGGGGAAGGGGCAGCAGAGGCUGCAGAGGAAAGGGCAGCAGAGGCUACAAGGGAAGGGGCAGCAGCGGCUGCACGGGAAAGGGCGGCAGAGGCUGCACGGGAAGGGGCGACAGGGACCGUGACUCUGGCCAGGCAAAGGGCAGAGGCCAUGGAGACAGGUUUUGCAGGAGUAGGGGCCACGGAACCUGCUGCUGUGUCGGCUGGGGGAACCGCAGCAGAGGAGGCUAUAGGGACCGCACCAGUCGAGGCUGCAAGGACUGCAGCAGGAGCGACAGAGGCCACAGUGGGGGCUGGUACAGGGGGAGGUGCUACGGGUGCAGCGGGGAAGGGGGUAACGGGGACUGGCGCGAGGGAGAGUGCCGCCCCGGCUGUAGCAAGAGAGGGUACGGCAGGGGCUAGAGUGGGAGAAGGGACAGCAGUGGCCUCAAAGGCAGAAGGUGAGACUGCAGCUGAAGCAGCAGGGAGGGCCAUAGCACGGCCAGUAGGGGCGGCAGGGGCCGCAGCAAACGCGGGGAAACACACAGCAGGGCCAGCAGGGCCGGCAGAGAGUGCAAAAGGGGCUAGCAGUAAAGCGGCAGCAGGCGGGGUGGGCUCGGGGGACAUAGGGGCAACAGGGGAAGGAGAGGUGAGUGUGGUCCCGACCGGGGUGGGCACUGAAGAGGGGGAUGUGAUAGCGAUAGAGGAGGAUGAGGGAGAGGAUGUGAUGCACAUUGACGGGCCACUGGCCCAAUACCUCACGCUUGACGGUGAGGCCGACCCGGCCCCCCUGCAGCCUCACGUCGAGGUUCCCCCUCUACCCCCCAUGCCCGUCCCCAUGCUAGCAGAAGGACCGAUGGAGGGGCUGGGGGAGACUUUGAGGACAGAGCCGCGCGAGGGAGCCCCCAUCCUCACCUCCCGUCCUCCAGCCCACCCACCCCCAAGAGCACCACUUCCCCACCCCCACCCUCAGGUCCCGGUAGUAUCCAGGGGGGCAGCCAAGGCCCUGGCCUUCUUGGCGGAGCCGUGCUCCCCGACCCCCACGUUGCUCCAUGGCCAGCCCCCCUCUCCGUCCCCAACGCCUGACCCCACGGUUGCAGGCGGUCCACCGGGAGAGCACGCGGCCGAGACCCACCCGCAAGGGCUUGCGCCCAAGGCUCAUGGGAGCGGCGGCACCCGGGUAGAGGGGCCCACAGGAGAGGCCACUACAGAGUCCACACAAAUCUCUCUCCCCCCACCGCUUGUACCUCGCUCUAACCUCCACACUGGCCCAGCCCCUCGACCCCCACCUCCAAUCCCCUCUCCCGGCCGGGUUCCCCACGAGUGGCCCCAUUUGGCAGCCAUCACCCCCCACACACAGCCUGCCCGAUCUGUUCCCACGGAGGGGGAUGUUUCGAGGAGAGAGGGGAUGCACACAGAGCACCCCCCGCUUGGCGAACCACCCAUCCUCCCUCCACCCACCCCUUUGGCCCCACAGCCCCCCCUUCCUUCACAAACAGGCGCGGACAACCAGGUUGGCCGCCGGCGGAAGAACAGGGGCAGUGGAGGCAGAGGGUCAGCCCACGUACUCCCCCCUCCCUCCCUCCCCCACCAAGAGCCCCUCCCCAUCCCACAUCCCGUUGAACCCUUACCAGGCCCUACCUCUACAGCCCGACCACCAAACCUACACUCCCGCCCCGCUCCUGCACCUCCACAGGGCCAUGGGAGCGGACCAGCCCACUCACCCCCAUUCUGCCCCUCCCGUGCUGUGUCCCCCUCCCAGGAGGCGGCGGCCGCGAUCGCUACUGGGAUGGAGGCCGUCGGGUUGAGGGAUGCGCCCAUGGAAGACGCCACCGACUCCCCCUCCCAUCCCUCCCACCCCUUCCAUGUCGACGACCCCCUACCGCAACCCAUGCCAGGCGCGUCACUCCCGACCCCAAUGGAGACGGACCGGGUUCUGAGGCCGUGUCACUCGCACCUAGAUGGGGUGGCGCCUCCCCCCGUUCAGCCCGUGGCGCAGGAGGUCACCAGCAGUAGGGAUGAGGCAUCCGCCCCUACCGAGAGCCCUCCGCCUGGGGUAGCGGAGCCGUCUCCUCCCCUCAUCCCAGGCGAUCCUCUCGGAGCUCAGGCCGCCCACGGGGUCCCCUCUACAGCCACUUCCGACGCCACGGCCCCGAUUGACCCCGCCGACACGUGGACAUCACCCGACCAGGUCGCGGCCCAUGAUACCGCCUCGAUCAUCCCUUCCCUCUCACAGCCCCGUGCGACCGGGAUACAGUUCACCGACGCACAGUGGCAGACGCUCGACUCGGUGGACUGGACAGAGUACUUCUCGCCCGAGCGUAUCCAUGCACGCCCUCUCCGACGUGUCCCGGAGAGGGUCCGCGGAGGAUAUCUCGACGUUCUCAGUGCGAUCCUAGUCCGCAUUGCCCUGGACCUGGAGGCUGCUGGCCCUACCUUCCUCCUCGCUGCAGCGCCGACUCUUUUCCUUGUUCCAGCGACGCCACCCGACCGCUCGCACACGGCUGCCAUUGCAGCGGGCAUCUCCCGCUUUGGUCAAGCUCCGCGGGGCUCUUCGGGAGGACCGUCCGGUUGGGUCGCUGAGCACCUGCGAGACACUUUCUUAGCUUUCCCUCAGAGUCUCCAUUUCCUCCUGGCCGUGUACCAGCAGUGGCUCCGAGGCCGUUGCGCUCCAGCUGCGCGCUCCUUGCUAGCGUCUUCCACCCUCGUGGCUCUGGCGAAGUCGAACAUGGAUGUUCGGCCGAUUGCCAUCGGCGAGGUUUUGGUCCGCAUUCUUUCUCGUGCAGUCUGUCUCCAGCUACGUGACCAGAUGGCGAGGGUCUUCUUGGCGUCACAGCAGUUUGGGGUGGGGGUUAUGUGCGGGACAGAGGUCGUAGUUAGAGGCGUCCGCCGCGCCCUGGCUGACCACCCAGACUGGGUGGUCCUGCAGCUAGACGUGGCGAAUGCCUUUAACUCUUUCCACCGAGACAGGAUGUUCCAGGCGCUGCAGGCCAGCCCGGAGUUUCAGUGUCUGAUCCCCUUCAUCGGCCUCUUCUACGGGACGCCCUCGGAUCUCCACUACAGGCGCUUGGGCGAGAUGGGCCUUGCAGCCCAGCCGCACAAGUGCCUCGUCUACCAGACAGAGUCCUUUCUGUCCAGGGAUCUGGAGGCUUUCACGGGCCUAGGGAUCGAGGUCGCACGCCGAGGGCUCACCGUGACAGGCGUACCGAUCUUCCUCCCCAUCCGUCUCGGGGGUUUCGGCAUUCGUCGCAUGGCGCGCAUUGCCCCGGUGAGUUUCGUGUGCUCCUGGGUGCAGUGUGCACCCAUUCUCUGUUCUCUCCCUGCGUAUGGCGAGGUGUUUCGGCAGAGCUUCGCUUCAGGUGAGCCAGAGCAGAUCGACCGGGCUCUGCAGACGGCGCUAGAGGGUCUCCCACCUGACGUUCUCUCUCUCCUUCCCUCCUGGCCCUGUUGCGCUUCUGCCUCCCCCGAUUCCCUUUUUGCAGGAGCGAGCCGUCUUCUGGAGGCGCAUGCCUUGGAGGCCGUGCGUGCCCGUCACGCCUCUCCCUUGCACCUUGCCCGUUUGACUUCCCUUCAGGGCGGAGGUGCAGGGGCGUGGUUGACGUCGGUGCCGUACGCCGACCCACUGCGCAUCCCGGAGGCGCUGUGGCAGGCGGCUUCAUCUUCUCGUCUUGGUCUCCCUAUCCCCCAGUUAGCCCUUGCAGGUCAGUGCUCCUGCGGACAGGCGAUUGACGACAUGACGGUGCCUCAUCACGCGGUUCGGUGCCCGCGCUACGGGGUCGCCACUACCAUCCACGACACGGUGAAGUACAUGCUUCGAGACUUUGCGGUCGAGGCGGGCUUCGCGGUAAAGGUGGAGGACUCUACGCUGUUCACACAGUUGGAGGCGGCUCGAGCGAGACUACUGGGACAGCCAGUGGUGGGAGAGGGGACACGGGCUGAGGGACCAGGGGAGCAGAGAGGCGAGGCGGGACAGCCGGGUGGCGGGGGACAGUGGGGACAGCACCAGCUGCGGGGUCAGGUGGAGCGAGGGACAGGUGGGCAGAGGGGACGGCAGGGGGAGCAGACGGGCCAGGACGGGGAGGGGAGACGGCACAGGCAGCAGCAGAAGAGCCAGUGGAGGCCGCGGGCCCAGGGCGCCGCGCCUCCAGGUUCGGCCUCGGGGGUGGGGCAGGGGCGGGAGCAGCAGAGAGCGGACGGAGGUACAGGAGGGGCAGCGGGUUUAGGAGGGGAGGGCCAGGGAGUGAGAGAGGCAGCAGGGGAUGGAGCAGGGGGGUCGGGAGGGUUGGGGGAGGGUAGAGAGGGGGAGGGGAGAGGACAGGUGGAUGGAGGAGAGGAGAGGGGGAGAGAGACGAUCAGAGAGGAGGCACCAAGGGACCAGACAGGGCAGCGGCCAGCGCAACAGCAGGGACCAGUCGAACGCACAAGCCAUGUAGGCACCGCCUCCCGCAUCCCAGACCUCACCUGCCGCGACGUUGGCCAGGGUCUGAUGGUUCUUGUGGAUGUCUCCAUAGCGGAUCCACAGCGGGAGGGGAACGUGCAGCUGAGACGGGCGACCCCCACACAGAUCGGAGUGGCAGCAGCUAGGCGGGUGCAGGAGAAGCUGCGUCACUGGGGGCCGCACUUAGAGGGGCUGCAGCCGGCACCACACUUUUACGCGUGCGUGGCGGAGACCUUUGGCCUUCUGAGUGAGCCGCUGCGUCAGUUUCUGGGGCUCUGCGCAAAGAGGAUAGCACAGCGGAGGAGGGAUAGAGGUGGGGGGGAUGACGGAUUGAUACGGAUAUUUGAGGCAGGACUCACUACACGCCUCUCCAUUGCACUACAGCGCGCGCAGGCUCAAUGCAUGAUCCAGCAUGCGUCACACCCCCUGCCCCCUCAUGCCAUCCGCUCCCCCCGCCCCUACCCUCCGCGUGCCCGCUCCCUUGCCGCCUCGUUUGACCCUCCCUGCCCCCCUCGCCGUUUCCCACCGCCCGCCAUUCGCUCGUCCCCGCCCGUGCGCUCCCCUCGUUUACCUUCUCCUCCCCCCUCCCCUCCUCUGCUGCACGCCUCUUCCUUCCCCUCGCCGACCCACUCCACUCCCUGCCCCUCCUCAAUCCGCACCCUGCCCCUCGUAUCUCGCCCCCCUAUGCUUGGUUUCUCCCCUCCCUGCCCCUCGCCGCCUUUCUCCGCCCCCCACCUCCCCCCUCUCCCUGCCCCCCCACUCUCCCACCCUUGCCCUUGGCUUCCUACCUCCCUACCCCACCUUUCCCCCCUCUGUGUGCUCAGCUUCUCCCCUCCCUGCCCCUCCCUCCUCCCCGCCCUGCCCCUCGUUUUCCGCCCCCCCACGCCCGGUUUCUCCCCUCCCCGCGCCUCCCUUUCUUUCUCCGUGCCUCUCCUCUGCUCCCUCCAUGCCCCCGCCUGCCCAUGCCCCUGUCUUUGGCUUCUCCCCUCCCUGCCCCACGUUUCUUCCCUCCCUGCCCACCCCCUCUGCCCCUCCCUUGUUUUCCCCUCACCCAUUGCUUCUCCCCUCCCUGCCAUUGAUUUCCCGCACCCCUGCCCUUGUUUCCUACCAUCCAUGCCCCUCGUUUCCCCCCCUUUGUACGUUCAGCCUCUUCCCUCCCUGCCCCUCCCUUCCUCCCCCCCUGCCCUUUGCUCUCCCCUCGUUACGCUCCCUUCUCCCCAUCCCUGCUGCCCUCUUACCACCAUCAGCCCAUCCCCACCACCAGCCCCCCUCCCACCCUUCUCUCCCCCCCUCCCUUUCCCUCUCUCUCUUUCUCACACACACACACGCACACUCCCCUCCCCCACCCCCCCACCCACAUCCUCCCAUUCUGCCCCUCCCUGCCCCUUUCCCACCCCCUCGCACGCCCCUCACCUCCCACCUCCGUGCAACUGGUUUCCCCCCUAUGGUGCCUCCCUUGCAUCGCUCGCCCCUCUGCUCACCCUCUGCCCACCCCUUUUCCGUGCCGUCAGCUGGCCCAGCCCCUGCCCGUCGCUGCCCCUCCCCUUGCCCCCUCAACUCCCCUGCCCCCCGUACACCCCAGUCCCAUCCAACCGCCCCCACCCUCCCCCGGCUGCCCGUUUCCGCUCUCCACCCCCGCGACCGUGUGCGGCUUCCAACCGCCCAACGGUGGUGCGCACGGGGCGUUUCUUCGCACGGGCAAGCCUCCCCGGGGGCCCCCCACCCCCUGGGUCGUUUACCGCCGCGCUCUGCCCGUGCGUCACCCUUGCCCACUUCAUACCACCUCCCCCUUCUCCCCCCCCCCGGCUUCUCCCUAUCAUCACCCGCAUGUUCCCCCACUCCCCUGUCCACAACGUCCCUCCUCCACCCCCCCUCCUGCCUUCCCCACUCCCACUCUGCCCCCCACACCUCUACGAGCCGUACUUCCCCCUCCAGCCUCCCUUUCCCCCCCAGCUACUUCCGCAUCCAGCGUGGGCUGCACCUCUGCAUCCCGCCCUGCCAGGCCCUUCGGUGACCCAACUGCCGCCACCUGGCACCACGCCGCCUUUCCCACCCCCAUCCAAUCUCUACACCCCCUGCCCCUGCUCCCUGCGCAAUCCAGCCACCUACCCCAGCCUCCCUCUACCUCUCCCUAACUCCACACCGCCGUUCCUACCCCCAGCCAAGGUCUACACCCCUUGCUUUUGCUCCCUGGGCUGUGCCGUCCCCAACCUCCCUCCGCCUUUCCGCGGCACCAGACCGCCUCUCCCUCCCCCAGCCAACCUUUGCACCCCCUGUUCCUGCCCCUUGUGCCCUCCAACACCCUACCUCAACCCCCCCCAGUCUCCCCCUUCUCCAACACCCUCCAUAUUUCCUCCCCCCUGGGGCUCGCCCAUCCGCAGUUAUCACCCUUCAUCGUUUCCCCAAUUCCCUCUGUCCCCUGUUUCCCGGCCCCGCAUCCUAUUCUGCAUUUACCACAGCGCCUCCUUUCGGUGCCCUCUCUGCCCUCCCACGUUCUCACCCCCCGCCUCCCAACCUUCUCAUUACCCACUACCAGGCUCACGCCAACUCGACUACCCACUACCCUUUGCCCCUUCCUCUCUGUUCCCCACCCUUCCUUUCCCACUUGGCUCCACCUGCCCACCCCCACCUCCCGUGGAAUUCUGCCCUGCCCUCCCCACCUCCGGCCCACCACCUGUCCCCACACCCUGCUCACCCACCGCUACAUCACCCCCGCCCCCCCACCUCCACUACAGCCCGCCAACACUUCCCCUCUCAACCGGCCCCCAGCCCGCCCCCCCCUUGGGCCCCAAUCCCCUCCAACUGUCAGGCCCCCUCUACCCUCUCUUCCACCCACUGCGCACCGCUUUCCCCACCCUUUUCCCCUUUCCCCAAGCUAACCCCCCGCACCCCGGCCUCUGCCAGGGAGUUCCUUCCCCCUUUGACGCCCUCUUGAGCCAACUCCAGCAACUCACACCGCCACCGCCAGGCAUGCUGCCUCUAGCCAGGGGGGAACUUGCAGCUGACACUGCACGGGAAGGGGUAAGUGAGUUUGUGUGUGAAGGAGCAGCAGAGGCUGCAGAGGAUGGGGCAGCAAAGGCUGCACGGGAAGGGGCAAUGGGGGUUGUGGGGGAAGGGGCAGCAGAGGCUGCAGAGGAGAGGGCAGCAGAGGCUGCAAGGGAAGGGGCAGCAGCGGCUGCACGGGAAAGGGCGGCAGGGGCUGCACGGGAAGGGGCGGCAGGGACCGUGACUCUGGCCAGGCAAAGGGCAGAGGCCAUGGAGACAGGUUUUGCAGGAGUAGGGGCCACGGAACCUGCUGCUGUGUCGGCUGGGGGAACCGCAGUAGAGGAGGCUAUAGGGACCGCACCAGUCGAGGCUGCAAGGACUGCAGCAGGAGCAACAGAGGCCACAGUGGGGGCUGGUAUAGGGGGAGGUGCUACGGGUGCAGCGGGGAAGGGGGUAACGGGGACUGGUGCGAGGGAGAGUGCCGCCCCGGCUGUAGCAAGAGAGGGUACGGCAGGGGCUAGAGUGGGAGAGGGGACAGCAGUGGCCUCAAAGGCAGAAGGUGAGGCUGCAGCUGAAGCAGCAGGGAGGGCCAUAGCACGGCCAGUAGGGGCGGCAGGGGCCGCAGCAAACGCGGGGAAACACACAGCAGGGCCGGCAGGGCCGGCAGAGACUGCAAAAGGGGCUAGCAGUAAAGCGGCAGCAGGCGGGGUGGGCUCGGGGGACAUAGGGGCAACAGGGGAAGGAGAGGUGAGUGUGGUCCCGACCGGGGUGGGCACUGAAGAGGGGGAUGUGAUAGCGAUAGAGGAGGAUGAGGGAGAGGAUGUGAUGCACAUUGACGGGCCACUGGCCCAAUACCUCACGCUUGACGGUGAGGCCGACCCGGCCGCCCUGCAGCCUCACGUCGAGAUUCCCCCUCUACCCCCCAUGCCCGUCCCCAUGCUAGCAGAAGGACCGAUGGAGGGGCUGGGGGAGACCUUGAGGACAGAGCCGCGCGAGGGAGCCCCCAUCCUCACCUCCCGUCCUCCAGCCCACCCACCCCCAGGAGCACCACUUCCCCACCCCCACCCUCAGGUCCCGGUAGUGUCCAGGGGGGCAGCCAAGGCCCUGGCCUUCUUGGCGGAGCCAUGCUCCCCGACCCCCACGCUGCUCCAUGGUCAGCUCCCCUCUCCGUCCCCAACGCCUGACCCCACGGUUGCAGGCGGUCCACCGGGAGAGCACGCGGCACACCUCUGCCCCCACCCUCAGGGGCUCCUUAGAGCACCACGUGGAGCAGCCAGGGCUCUGGUCUUCCUAGAGGAGCCAUGCUCCCCGACUCCUACCAACACCCAGCCACCCCCUACCGGCCCACUACCCCCUCCUCCACCAGGCCCCCCCCCCACCCGUCGCCGCACAGCCCCAACACGCCCACCCAACAGGCUGCCCUCCCCACACCACCCCCCCCAGGCAGCCGAGACCCACCCGCAAGGGCUUGCGCCCCAGGCUCAUGGGAGCGGCGGCACCCGGGUAGAGGGGCCCACAGGAGAGGCCACCACAGGGCCCACACAAAUCUCUCUCCCCCCACCGUUUGUACCUCGCUCUAACCUCCACACUGGCCCGACCCCUCGACCCCCACCUCCAACCCCCUCUCCCGGCCGGGUUCCCCACGAGUGGCCCCGUUGGGCAGCCAUCACCCCCCACACACAGCUUGCCCGAUCUGUUCCCACGGAGGGGGAUGUUUCGAGGAGAGAGGGGAUGCAAACAGAGCACCCCCCGCCUGGCGAACCACCCAUCCUCCCUCCACCCACCCCUUUGGCCCCACAGCCCCCCCUUCCUUCACAAACAGGCGCGGACAACCAGGUGGCGGCGGCCGCGAUCGCUACUGGGAGGGAGGCCGUCGGGUUGAGGGAUGCGCCCAUGGCAGACGCCACCGACUCCCCCUCCCAUCCCUCCCACCCUUCCAUGUCGACGACCCCCUACCGCAACCCAUGGCAGGUCUUCGAGACCCCAGAGGAGGUGAGGGCUGGCAUUUCAGAUUUGCUGGCGAUACACCGCCUGAGCAGCUCUCCGGCUGCCCCCACCCUUCCAGUCCCACAGGACCGGACCCGGACGUAUGCGGAGGUCACCCGGUCUGUCCCUUCUUUUAUCCCCCCCGCCACUCAGCUAGGCGCGUCACUCCCGACCCCAAUGGAGACGGACCGGGUUCUGAGGCCGUGUCACUCGCACCUAGACGGGGUGGCGCCUCCCCUCGUUCAGCCCGUGGCGCAGGAGGUCACCAGCAGUAGGGAUGAGGCAUCCGCCCCUACCGAGACCCCUCCGCCUGGGGUAGCAGAGCCGUCACUUGAACCGCACCCCGCCGAGGGGCAGGAGCACACCACGGCACACACUUCAGGCUCACCUCCACGUCCCCCCUCCCCAGCUUCGACACCGGUACCGGCACGAGGCCCGGCCCUAUCCUGUGCGACACCACCUCUAUCUUCGCUGACACCCCCCCCGCGCGGGGCUGGUGAGCCGUCUCCUCCCCUCAUCCCAGGCGAUCCUCUCGGAGCUCAGGCCGCCCACGGGGUCCCCUCUACAGCCAGUUCCGACGCCACGGCCCCGAUUGACCCCGCCGACACGGCGACAUCACCCGACCAGGUCGUGAGUUGCCCCACCUGCAGGAGCUCUCUCGCGAACCGACGCGCGCUCCAGCACCACAUUCCCUUCUGCCAUCCUGCGGAUGCGGCUCGCAGGGCGCAGGCUGCCCAUGAUACCGCCUCGAUCAUCCCUUCCCUCUCACAGCCCCGUGCGACCGGGAUGCAGUUCACCGACGCACACUGGCAGACGCUCGACUCGGUGGACUGGACAGAGUACUUCUCGCCCGAGCGUAUCCAUACAUGCCCUCUCCGACGUGUCCCGGAGAGGGUCCGCGGAGGAUAUCUUGACGUCCUCAGUGCGAUCCUAGUCCGCAUUGCCCAGGACCCGGAGGCUGCUGGCCCUACCUUCCUCCUCGCUGCAGCGCCGACUCUUUUCCUUGUUCCAGCGACGCCACCCGACCGCUCGCACACGGCUGCCAUUGCAGCGCGCAUCUCCCGCUUUGGUCGAGCUCCGCGGGGCUCUUCGGGAGGACCGUCCGGUUGGGUCGCUGAGCACCUGCGAGACACUUUCUUAGCUUUCCCUCAGAGUCUCCAUUUCCUCCUGGCCGUGUACCAGCAGUGGCUCCGAGGCCGUUGCGCUCCAGCUGCACGCUCCUUGCUAGCGUCUUCCACCCUCGUGGCUCUGGCGAAGUCGAACAUGGAUGUUCGGCCGAUUGCCAUCGGCGAGGUUUUGGUCCGCAUUCUUUCUCGUGCAGUCUGUCUCCAGCUACGUGACCAGAUGGCGAGGGUCUUCUUGGCGUCACAGCAGUUUGGGGUGGGGGUUAUGUGCGGGACAGAGGUCGUAGUUAGAGGCGUCCGCCGCGCCCUGGCUGACCACCCAGACUGGGUGGUCCUGCAGCUAGACGUGGCGAAUGCCUUUAACUCUUUCCACCGAGACAGGAUGUUCCAGGCGCUGCAGGCCAGCCCGGAGUUUCAGUGUCUGAUCCCCUUCAUCGGCCUCUUCUACGGGACGCCCUCGGAUCUCCACUACAGGUCAGGCACGGGAGUGGUCACGAUGCACUCGGAGCGGGGCACUCGCCAGGGAGACCCUCUCAGCCCCUUCUUGUACGCUCUGACACAGCGUCUUGCUUUGGAGCCGGUUCUGGCGGAGGGGGAUGUCCAGCUCUGGUUGUACGCCGAUGACACGUACGUGCUAGGUCCCCCAGCCAGGGUGCUGCACCACUUUGCCGAGAUCAUGAGGCGCUUGGGCGAGAUGGGCCUUGCAGCCCAGCCGCACAAGUGCCUCGUCUACCAGACGGAGUCCUUUCUGUCCAGGGAUCUGGAGGCUUUCACGGGCCUAGGGAUCGAGGUCGCACGCCGAGGGCUCACCGUGACAGGCGUACCGGUAGGCACCGUUUCGUUCGUGGAGCAGAGUCUCCCGGAUCGUCUCGAGAGGAUGGGGCGGGUGCUACCUUGGCUUCCGAGGUUGCGCCAGCCCCAGACAGCUGCCCGCCUCCUUUCGGCGUGUGUCAGCACUCGUCCGCAGUACCUGUCGAGGACCGUCCCUCCUUCGCCCGCAGUGAUCUCCAGUUUUACACGGUGGGACGCACGCCUGGGAGAGACAUUUCAGCAGCUUUUAGCUUCAGGGACCUGGGCUUGUCGCGAGGACGUCCGAGAGGCCGCCCUAGACCAGAUCUUCCUCCCCAUCCGUCUCGGGGGUUUCGGCAUUCGUCGCAUGGCGCGCAUUGCCCCGCUUCGCUUAAGAGCGAGCCGUCUUCUGGAGGCGCAUGCCUUGGAGGCCGUGCGUGCCCGUCACGCCUCUCCCUUGCACCUUGCCCGUUUGACUUCCCUUCAGGGCGGAGGUGCAGGGGCGUGGUUGACGUCGGUGCCGUACGCCGACCCACUGCGCAUCCCGGAGGCGCUGUGGCAGGCGGCUUCAUCUUCUCGUCUUGGUCUCCCUAUCCCCCAGUUAGCCCUUGCAGGUCAGUGCUCCUGCGGACAGGCGAUUGACGACAUGACGGUGCCUCAUCACGCGGUUCGGUGCCCGCGCUACGGGGUCGCCACUACCAUCCACGACACGGUGAAGUACAUGCUUCGAGACUUUGCGGUCGAGGCGGGCUUUGCGGUAAAGGUGGAGGACUCUACGCUGUUCACACAGUUGGAGGCGGCUCGAGCGAGACUACUGGGACAGCCAGUGGUGGGAGAGGGGACACGGGCUGAGGGACCGGGGGAGCGGAGAGGCGAGGCGGGACAGCCGGGUGGCGGGGGACAGUGGGGACGGCACCAGCUGCGGGGUCAGGUGGAGCGAGGGACAGGUGGGCAGAGGGGACGGCAGGGGGAGAAGACGGGCCAGGACGGGGAGGGGGGACGGCACAGGCAGCAGCAGGAGAGCCAGUGGAGGCCGCGGGCCCAAAGCGCCGCGCCUCCAGGUUCGGCCCCGGGGGCGGGGCAGGGGCGGGAGCAGCAGAGAGCGGACGGAGGUACAGGAGGGGCAGCGGGAUUGGGAGGGGAGGGCCAGGGAGUGAGGGAGGCAACAGGGGAUGGAGCAGGGGGGUCGGGAGGUUUGGGGGAGGGUAGAGAGGGGGAGGGGAGAGGACAGGUGGAUGGAGGAGAGGAGAGGGGGAGAGAGACGAUCGGAGAGGGGGCACCAAGGGACCAGACAGGGCAGCAGCCAGCGCAACAGCAGGGACCAGUCGGACGCACAGGCCGUGUAGGCACCGCCUCCCGCAUUCCAGAUCUCACUUGCCGCGACGUUGGCCAGGGUCUGAUGGUUCUUGUGGAUGUCUCCAUAGCGGAUCCACAGCGGGAGGGGAACGUGCAGCUGAGACGGGCGACCCCCACACAGAUUGGAGUGGCAGCAGCUAGGCGGGUGCAGGAGAAGCUGCGUCACUGGGGGCCGCACUUAGAGGGGCUGCAGCCGGCACCACACUUUUACGCGUGCGUGGCGGAGACCUUUGGCCUUCUGAGUGAGCCGCUGCGUCAGUUUCUGGGGCUCUGCGCAAAGAGGAUAGCACAGCGGAGGAGGGAUAAAGGUGGGGGGGAUGACGGAUCGGCACGGAUAUUUGAGGCAGGACUCACUACACGCCUCUCCGUUGCACUGCAGCGCGCGCAGGCUCAAUGCAUGAUCCAGCAUGCGGUGCGGCAGUUAGGGAGUCACACCCCCUGCCCCCUCAUGCCAUCCGCUCCCCCCGCCCCAACCCUCCGCGUGCCCGCUCCCUUGCCGCCUCUUUUGACCCUCCCUGCCCCCCUCGCCGUUUCCCACCGCCCGCCAUUCGCUCCUCCCCGCCCGUGCGCUCCCCUCGCUUACCUUCUCCUCCCCCCUCCCCUCCUCUGCUGCACGCCUCUUCCUUCCCCUCGCCGACCCACUCCACUCCCUGCCCCUCCUCAAUCCGCACCCUGCCCCUCGUAUCUCGCCCCCCUAUGCUUGGUUUCUCCCCUCCCUGCUCCUCGCCGCCUUUCUCCGCCCCCCCACCUCCCCCCUCUCCCUGCCCCCCCACUCUCCCCCCCUUGCCCUUGGCUUCCUACCUCCCUGCCCCACCUUUCCCCCCUCCGUGUGCUCAGCUUCUCCCCUCCCUGCCCCUCCCUCCUCCCCGCCCUGCCCCUCGUUUUCCGCCCCCCCACGCCCGGUUUCUCCCCUCCCCGCGCCUCCCUUUCUUUCUCCGUGCCUCUCCUUUGCUCCCUCCCUGCCCCCGCCUGCCCAUGCCCCUGUCUUUGGCUUCUCCCCUCCCUGCCCCACGUUUCUUCCCUCCCUGCCCCACGUUUCUUCCCUCCCUGCCUCCCCUCUGCCCAUCCCUUGUUUUCCCCUCACCCAUUGCUUCUUCCCUCCAUGCCCUUGAUUUCCCGCACCCCUGCCCUUGUUUCCUACCAUCCAUGCCCCUCGUUUCCCCCCCUUUGUACGUUCAGCCUCUUCCCUCCCUGCCCCUCCCUUCCUCCCCCCCUGCCCUUUGCUCUCCCCUCGUUACGCUCCCUUCUCCCCAUCCCUGCUGCCCUCUUACCACCAUCAGCCCAUCCCCACCACCAGCCCCCCUCCCACCCUUCUCUCCCCCCCUCCCUUUCCCUCUCUCUCCCUCUCUCUCUUUCUCACACACACACACGCACACUCCCCUCCCCCACCCCCCACCCACAUCCUCCCAUUCUGCCCCUCCCUGCCCCUUUCCCACCCCCUCGCACGCCCCUCACCUCCCACCUCCCACCUCCGUGCAACUGGUUUCCCGCCUAUGGUGCCUCCCUUGCAUCGCUCGCCCCUCUGCUCACCCUCUGCCCGCCCCUUUUCCAUGCCCUCAGCUGGCCCAGCCCCUGCCGGUUGCUGCCCCUCCCCUUGCCCCCUCAACUCCCCUGCCCCCCGUACGACCCAGUCCCAUCCAACCGCCCCCACCCUCCCCCGGCUGCCCGUUUCCGCUCUCCACCCCCUGCGACCGUGUGCGGCUUCCAACCGCCCAACGGUGGUGCGCACGGGGCGUUUCUUCGCACGGGCAAGCCUCCCCGGGGGUCCCCCACCCCGCUGGGUCGUUCCUCCCGUCUCCCUGCCCUUAGUACCGCCGCGCUCUGCCCGUGCGUCACCCUUGCCCACUUCAUACCACCUCCCCCUUCUCCCCCCCCCCCGGCUUCUCCCUAUCAUCACCCGCAUGUUCCCCCACUCCCCUGUCCACAACGUCCCUCCUCCACCCCCCCUCCUGCCUUCCCCACUCCCACUCUGCCCCCCACACCCUCUACGAGCCGUACUUCCCCCUCCAGCCUCCCUUUCCCCCCCAGCUACUUCCGCAUCCAGCCCACCUACCCCAGCCUCCCUCUACCUCUCCCUAACUCCACACCGCCGUUCCUACCCCCAGCCAAGGUCUACACCCCUUGCUUUUGCUCCCUGGGCUGUGCCGUCCCCAACCUCCCUCCGCCUUUCCGCGGCACCAGACCGCCUCUCCCUCCCCCCAGCCAACCUUUGCACCCCCUGUUCCUGCCCCUUGUGCCCUCCAACACCCUACCUCAACCCCCCCAGUCUCCCCCUUCUCCAACACCCUCCAUAUUUCCUCCCCCCUGGGGCUCGCCCAUCCGCAGUUAUCACCCUUCAUCCGCCUCCUUUCGGUGCCCUCUCUGCCCUCCCACGUUCUCACCCCCCGCCUCCCAACCUUCUCAUUACCCGCUACCAGGCUCACGCCAACUCGACUACCCACUACCCUUUGCCCCUUCCUCUCUGUUCCCCACCCUUCCUUUCCCACUUGGCUCCACCUGCCCACCCCCACCUCCCGUGGAAUUCUGCCCUGCCCUCCCCACCUCCGGCCCACCACCUGUCCCCACACCCUGCUCACCCACCGCUACAUCACCCCCGCCCCCCCCACCUCCACUACAGCCCGGCCAACACUUCCCCCUCUCAACCGGCCCCCAGCCCGCCCCCCCCUUGGGCCCCAAUCCCCUCCAACUGUCAGGCCCCCUCUACCCUCUCUUCCACCCACUGCGCACCGCUUUCCCACCCUUUUCCCCUUUCCCCAAGCUAACCCCCCGCACCCCGGCCUCUGCCAGGGAGUUCCUUCCCCCUUUGACGCCCUCUUGA